ACCAGUGAUAGAUGUGAAGGCAGUCAGCCUGCGACAGAAAAACAAGCGAGGAUAGGUCGAUCCUUACAUGUUCAGUGUAUGUUUUAAAAGAAAGAAAUAUCGUGAAACCAGUGGAUAUGUGGUUUUAAACGUUAUUUUUGUCGCUUUCCCGUGGGCUUAGUUACUUAUUGUUUGGCACGCGGGCUCUGGCGUGUUGAGUGUCGCCGUUUGCCCAUUCUCGCUGGAGUGAACACUAAGGAGGACUCCAUGAAAGAUGACAGAGGAGGUGAUUGUUGUAGCCAAGUGGGACUACACGGCCCAGCAGGACCAGGAACUUGACAUCCGUAAAAACGAGCGCCUCUUCCUCCUAGAUGACUCAAAGACCUGGUGGCGAGUCCGCAACGCCGCCAACCAGACGGGGUACGUGCCGUCCAACUAUGUGGAGCGCAAGAACAGCCUGAAGAAAGGCUCGCUGGUGAAGAACAUCAAAGACACCCUGGGUUUGGGAAAAACUAAAAGGAAGACGAGCGCUCGUGAUGCUUCCCCGACGCCGAGUUCAGACACAGAGUAUCCUUCUAAUGGCAGUGGGGGUGGAGGGGGAGGAGGAGCUGCAGAGAGAAUCUACGACCUCAACAUCCCCGCUGUGGUCAAGUUCGCCUACACAGCGGAGAGAGAUGACGAGCUGACCCUGGUCAAGGGCUCCAGGGUCACUGUGAUGGAGAAAUGUAGUGAUGGGUGGUGGCGGGGCAGCCAGGGGGGCCGUGUGGGCUGGUUUCCCUCUAACUACGUCCAGGAGGAUGUAGGAGGAGCAGAUGAAAGAGGGGAGGGAGAUUCCUCUCGAGGCUACACGGGAGGCUCUCAAGGGACUUUAUUGGCGAAUGGGCGUGCAGGGGGAGGAGGAGUGCUCCACCUGGUUCAAACCCUCUACGCCUUCAGCUCCGUGACGGAGGAGGAGCUGAACUUUGAGAAGGGCGAGGUGAUGGAGGUGGUGGAGAAGCCUGAGAACGACCCUGAGUGGUGGAGGUGUAAGAACUCACGUGGCAUGGUGGGCCUGGUACCUAAAAACUAUGUGAUGGUGCUGGAUGAGCGGCCUGGCCUCCCCUCCUCCACGUCGAGCUCCCCGCAGAACCGUUUUGUGACUCCGGCCCGCUCAGGGAAGUUCGCCGGGAGGGACUGGUACUAUGGCAACAUCACCAGACACCAGGCUGAGUGUAUCCUCAACGAGAGGGGGGAGGAGGGUGACUUCCUCAUACGGGACAGCGAGUCAUCGCCCAGCGACUUCUCCGUGUCUCUGAAGGCGGUGGGUAAGAAUAAGCACUUUAAAGUGCAGCUGACAGAGGGAGUGUACUGUAUCGGCCAGCGCAGGUUCAACUCCAUGGACGAACUAGUGGAGCAUUACAAGAAAGCCCCCAUCUUCACCAGCGAACACGGAGAGAAGCUGUACCUGGUCAAAGCACUGCUGUGAUUCACACACGCCCACACCUACACUGGAUCUCACACACUCAUAACACACAUGAUACUAAUGCCACUCCCCUGACUGUCUUAACUCAAGCCUUAGCUCUGGACCCCUGUGGUCGCUGUGGCGUCUGCGCUACAUCCAGUCACACUAAGUUUUAUUUGUCGCCCUCUGGUGGUGAUCAGGUGACACUUGUUUUAGCUCUAGGAAUGAGCAGUACACCCCUAAACAGCAAGCACUAUGUCAGGAAAUCCACAGCCACUCCGUCAGUGCUUAAGACGCCUCCGUCUCUUGGAUGUGUUAACAUUCGCAGUAGUGACCACACAGCUGCUAACAGAACGCCUGAGGCCUUUUUUGGGGUCAAGCUCUACUUCAGAUGUCAUGUAUAAUGUCAUUUACUACCAUGCACAUCGUAGGUUACACCAUGGCUCUUAAUCCACACAGGAGGACAGAGAGGACUCGAACCUCUGAGGGACCUUCCUCUUGAUGAUGUGUUCUGUCUAACUGCCCGCCAUUUGUUUUAUUUAGUUUUUUAAUUUGAAAAAAUAAUUGCUUGUUCCUGAGUUUUUUGUUUUAAAUCUUAUUUAAAGUCCUCUCCUGAGGUCUGAAUCAUUGCUCUUUCAUACAACAACUUCACAAAGUGACCAGAAUCACUCUCUUGCCUUUUUCUCCUUAUUUUCAUCAUUCCUCUACAUGAUUUCUCUCCCCAUUUGUGUCUACUUCACUUCUUUUUUUGUCUCCGUCUCCAGGUCUUAGUAGUGAAGAUGUUAUUGAAUAUCUGGAUACGAUACUUCCUGUACUAUUUCUCAAUAAUGGGAGGAGCAUAAUUGCAAUAGGGGAGAGCUCUGAUUUCCUGUAGAGUUUGAAUGUUUAUCAAUGUAACCAAAUGUGCCAUCCUGUACCCAUACUACUGGCUCCAGGUCUGCACUGCACUCACUAUACUUGGCAUUCAUUCGUAGCUCUAUGUUCAUGCUUUAUAUUGUGUCACAUUGAACAUGUUCCUGUUCUGUUCUCCAGUAUGUCUGUAGCUACGUGACAAUACUGACUGAAGAAUAAUAAAAAAACUGUUUGGUAACA